AGACGGUGCGCGCCAUCCGAACAGGCAACUAUGUCACUGCGCUGCAAAUAUUAAUUUAUGAGUCGUUAUUCUAAUUUAAUUGUAUUAAUUUUCAAAAAUGUUACAACUGGUGAUAACGUUGGCUCUAGCAGCCACCAUGGCACAAUGUGAAGAAGAAGUAAUGAAGAAUUUGACGACAGUUACUUGGGCACACGCCGUCAACGAUAAAGCUUACCUGGAAAAAGCAUUAGCGAGUGAUGUAUCCAUGCUAGAGGCUGAUAUAGUUCUAGGCCACAUCACCGGUAAAGAUGGCCCACCCAUCCCCGUCAUGGCCCACCCCCCAGCCACCACCUCCGACCUGAGCCUCUCCGAGUUCCUGUCGACGGUGAAGCAGCAUAACAAUCUGAACUCCAAGCAGAAAGGUGUCAAGCUGGACUUCAAGUCUAUAGAGGCGUUCGAAAAAGCUCAACCCAUCAUCGCUCCUUACAGCAAGCCUGAGAUCACAUUCCCGUUGUGGCUUAACGCUGACAUACUACCGGGGCCAGUGAAGGCGACCACGAAGCCAGUGGACGCUGACAAGUUCCUAAAGCUCGCCUCUGAACAUCCCCGAGCUGUUCUCUCAGUGGGCUGGACAACUAAUUACGGCGGGAACAUAACAGAGGGCGAGUACAGUCGCGAGCAUAUCGGAACUAUGCUGAGGAAGUUGCACGAGAAUCACAUCAACCAGACUGUCACGAUACCGGUCCGGGCCGGCAUAGCAUCAAACAGUCAACCUGUACUUCUGGACCUGCUCCGUGAAACUGCUUACCUGAACUCCUCGAUGACGGUGUGGUCCAGCGAGGGGGACUUCGUGGAGGUGGACCGGCUGCGGGCGCUACUCCUUACCGUGGGCUUGGAGAGGAGCUACCUGGACGUACCCAAAGAUCUGGCGGAUCGGCUCCAUCUCCCCCCAGCGGCUAAUGUUAAGAAUUAAAUAAAUGUCUAUUAUUC